GAGACAUUCAGCAAGCCUCAGUCCAUGGAGUGAGUCUAACCUGAGAAUUUCUGUAGAUUACAUUUUCCAGUUCCCAAGAGAUUUAUUGGUUUAUCUUCUUACACACAUACACAUACACACACACACACACACACACACACACACACACACACACACACACACCAACUCCUCCCUGUCCCCAACAAACUUUAAGAAGAAGAAGGACAAAAGAGAAGAGGAGGAAGAGGAGUGGAGAAGCCUCUAGUCCUGCCCUGUAGAAGAUCUCAGCUUUACAUCCCUAGAGAAACAUCCAGCAAGGUUCACACAUAAUUUGAAAGAUGGUGAAUGAAUACAAGAGAAUUGUUCUUCUGACAGGAUUAAUGGGUAUUAAUGACCAUGAUUUUAGAAUGGUUAAGUCCUUGUUGAGCAAAGAACUAAAACUAAAUAGAAUGCAAGAUCAGUACGACAGAGUUAAGAUUGCUGAUUUGAUGGAAGACAAGUUCCCAAAAGAUGCUGGAGUGGACCAACUGAUAAAACUAUAUAAGCAGAUUCCAGGACUUGGAGACAUUGCUAAUAAACUCAAAAAUGAGAAGGCAAAAGCUAAAAGGACACGGACAGGGAAACGGAAAACCGCAGCAAAAAGACAAAGGCAAGAAGAACCCAGUACUUCCCAACCUAUGUCCACCACAAAUGAAGAUGCAGAACCAGAAUCAGGGAGGAGUACACCUGACACACAGGUUGCUCAGUUAUCUUUACCAACUGCUUCCCGAAGGAACCAAGCCAUUCAAAUUUCUCCAACAAUAGCAUCCAGCAGUGGUCAGACCAGCAGCAGAUCUUCAGAAACAUUACAAAGCAUCAUUCAGUCCCCCAAAACUCCAAAAAGACCGUCCAGCAGUAUUCUGGACCCUCCAGUGUCUUCAGGAACAGCAUCCAGCAGUGCCCAGGCACUAGGAGUUCCUCUAGCAACAAUAGCCAAGAGACAGAGACUGAAAAAUGUACCCAAAGAACCUUCUGAGGAAAAUGGUCACCAGCAAGGUUCCAAAAAAGUGAUGGUGUUAAAAGUAACAGAACCAUUUUCAUAUGACGUGACAGAAGAGAAGAUGUUCCAUGCCACCGUGGCUACGGAAACAGAAUUCUUUAGAGUAAAGGUGUUUGACAUUGUCCUGAAGGAGAAGUUCAUACCAAAUAAGGUCCUUACCAUCUCAAACUAUGUUGGCUGCAAUGGGUUCAUAAAUAUAUACAGUGCAUCUAGUGUGUCAGAGGUAAAUGAUGGCGAACCAAUGAAUAUCCCACUUUCACUGAGGAAAAGUGCCAAUCGAACACCUAAAAUCAACUAUCUUUGCUCGAAGAAAAGAGGAAUAUUUGUGAAUGGAGUGUUUACUGUAUGUAAGAAAGAAGAAAAGUGGAACUACAUUUGCUAUGAGAUAGGAGAUGAUACAGGGAUGAUGGAAGUGGAGGUCUACGGACGACUGACCAAUAUUGCUUGUAAUCCUGGAGAUAAACUUAGACUCAUAUGCUUUAAACUGAUCCCAGAUGAAGAAAAAGCACAGCUGAGAUCUACAACACACAGUAACAUGCAGGUUAUCAAAGCUAAGAAUUGAGAAACAACCACUCAGUCCUGCUUCCUUUAUGAAACUGCAUUAAUUCUUGUUUUGCGGACUUGGACAUCACUGAUGUUUAUAAAGAUAAGAUCCUGUUCCAACUAAAGAAAAAUGUCAUUCAACUGAUAAAAGCAAGCUCUUUGGUUUAGGAAAUGGCACUUAUUCUUUCUACAGUUUUAGCAUUUUAUUACAUAUUUUGAUUUUAUAGUGUUUAUACUUUGAAUGAAAAAAACUUCAGGUACUUCACAAGUUUCUUGCAUUUGUCAGUUGCUUUAAAACUGGGUUUGCAGACCAAGGAGGAAUAAACAUGUUUCAUGAAAUAUUUUCAUUUAUGUUUUGGGUGAGCUAUUUAAAGACAAAGCCUUACUCAUAAAGGAACAGCUGUGUCAUCCUCAGAAACAUCAAGCCAUCAAUAAAAAGGAUGUGGAGGCUGAAAUGCAGGCUGAAUGCAGUUGUGGAGACUAAUGUCUUCAGAAGUGAUGCAGUCCUUCCUAUGCAUUUCCAUGAGUCAAUGUGAGUACAUUGUAGAGUUUAGUCAUUUGAAAUAUGAAUUUCCAGAAGUGGAUGAUCAGAGUACAUUUUACUGCUUGCAACAGUAAAGAAUCUCACCUCUGAAUAUAGGGUGAAAUAAUGUCAAGGAAAUCUUGAGACCAUGAGGAAGCUGUCCUAAAACAAAUGAGUCUCAGUCAAGGCUUCCUGCAGUGUUAAUUACCUCUCUCAUUGUUAUGACUGUAUAUCUAGAAACAGAAACUGAGAGAGAUGCUUUACAUUGGCUCACAGUUUAAUGGUAGAUGAGAGUGCUGUGGCUGAUCACAUUGUAUCAGCAGAGCAGAAAGCAGAGAGCAAUUGUAUGCUCUUGAGGAGAGCUCUCUUUCUUUUUAUAUUCAGUUCACAAACUUUGCCAGUAGAAUGUUGUCACCCACAUUUAGGCUGAAUUCCCAAAUUGAUUUAUGGAAAAAAAAAUUCCUCACAAACAUGCCCAGGGUGUUGCCUCCUAAGUGGAUCUAUAUCCUGUUACCUUUAUAAUCAGUAUCAAUAACGACAAUGGGCAAUGAUGACCAAUCAUGGAGAAAAGGAGCAAAGGAAAGGUAGAAAUAGCAGCCAUAACAAGAUAAGUACAAGAUAUGUGUUUCUGACCCCUUGGGAGAUUUGUGUAGGCAAAGACCUCAGUAGACAGACAUUAGGAAAUGGGAUUAAUAGGGAUGUACGAAGGUCAUAAGGGUUUUACCAGUUCUCAUAAGUAGAUUGAUAUCACUACAAAGAAAUGGGUUGAGGACUGAUUUCUUGGAUUUUAUUAUAUUACUCCCACGUGAGAAGAAGUCAAUCAAGCAUAGGGUAUAGUUUAGCAACCUGGAACUCCACUUGGCUUGGGGCAUAUAACCAACCCCUUCUAACAAUGCACUGGAAGCUUCAGAGACUUACUUUCAAACACUAGGCAAACAAACCCUCUAUGAACAAUGUACCUACAAACCAACUGACAACCUAGAACGCUCAAGUGCAUCAGGCUUCAGGUAUAUGUUUCCAACAUGGACGUAGAUUAUUCUUUUAGCAAUUCUUUAGUGAUAUAUAUCCCAGAACACACCUUGAUGCUACAAGAGAUAGCCUAAUCCAGCCUAGACUUGUUUGAGUGCAUAAAUGAGACAAACUGUCUCCUAUUUGCCAUUUUAUGCCUAUAUAUUAUUGUAUGUGCUACUGAUUAACAUUAGAUGACCUAUGCAAUAAACAAAAUCCUAUGGUACCCAAGUUGGUCAGUCAACCUCCUACUUCUCUUGAAGUCCAUAAUGUCAACACCACAGUAAUUGCUAUGCUUCCGUAUCUUCAUUUAUGUGGCCUGUUAUUCUCCUUGACUUCAUAUUUCUUCCUAACCUGCGAUAUUCCACGGCUUUAAAUAAAUGUCCGCACCUACUUUGAAAGUUG